GGCCAGGACGACGCCCUCAAAUCAUCAUGACAAGGUUAUUGGACUUUCCGGAUGAAUUACUGGUCAUCAUCUUCGAUUUCAUCGCCGGUCCUGACGCUGGCGAGCAGGACUUUGAGGGCGGGGCCGCAGACUAAAAGGAAGCUCGUGACGCCCUCCGUCUCGCGUGUACCUGCAACCGCCUGUACAACAUUGGGAUCGAGGUCAUCUGGAAAACGGUUAGAUCUCAUAAGCGGGUGCCCCGCCUUCUGAGACUUCUUGAUAUGAAGAAGAUACCUCCAACACGCCUCGUUGAGUGCCUUGAUACGGUCCGUGUGUUCCGCGCGGUGCUCAAAUCUCAGCCGAACGUCCUCGCCGCCAUUCGCCCUCACUAUGUCAUUCCAACUGAAUGUGACAGGGAUGUCAUCUUUCCAAACCUUCGAGUCCUCGAAUUGGUUAUACAGAACCCGAGAGGCGUCACGGAGCACAACGUCCAGAACUUGAUCAUUCCCCUUCUCUCCCCAGAAUUGAAGAGAAUACAAAUCAAGACUGGAAAAGGUGUAUUGCAUAUGCAUGACAUGUACACAUGUAUCGCACAGCGGUCGAAGGGGUUGGAGGAACUGUCUCUAUCCUCGACCAGCGCUGGCCUAGCUGCAGCUCAUUUUCUGACAAUCCACACGAUCUCUCUGCAAGAGCUGCACGACGCUCGCGAUGUCGUCGCCCUUGGUUCGAUAUCUGGCCUGAAAAAUCUGAUAAUAACCAAGCAGACGAUUAGUCCGCUGAGACGCGUGACGGCCACCAAUGAGAUGACCAAAGAUGCUUUCUCCGACCUGGUCAAUCUCGAGAUAACCGCGAAUGACAUCAAUGCACUCACGGGCCUGUUCAUGACACUACCUUUCAUGACGCCUUCGACGUGCUCCUUGCUUAUCCUUCGCUCCGACAAGGACUGGGCAAAAAUAUUUGAAUUGCUCGAGAAACGCAUCGCUCCUACCGAGCUGAACAAACUCGAACUGUGGUUCAGGUCUGAAACCUUGCGCUCACCAAACGAUCACGACAAAUGGCGUGACUCGGGUCUCACAGCGGACCACCUCCGACGCCUUUCGCCCUACAGAAAUCUACGACAGUUCCAUUUCUCUGCCAGCAAUAUCGACCGCUUCCAGAUCAAUGCAGGAGACGAAGACAUCAAAUUUCUUGCUAUGACUUGCCCCAGACUAGUCGAUCUCAUUCUGGAAGGAAGUCCUGCGCAAACGAAAUCAAGUAUAACGUUAAUGGCGCUCGAGUACAUCAGGAAAAGCGGAUCCUGCCAAAUUGCGCCAAAGAACAAUAAUAAAAUGGUAAUCGACGCCAAUAAGCAUGAUAAGCGCGCAAAAUCUACUUUUGCCUCAUUUGACUCCAUCACCACAGUCCCCGAUUCAAACCGUGCUAUACUACGAUGA